GAUUUGCAAGACAUAGAAGCCCAAUCCGUCCAGAAAACCGCUGGUAAACUAACGGAAAGGCCCAGAACAUGACUUGAUGGUUCUUGAAUUGACACCAAUCAUCGCGACGCCUGUAGAAUUGGCCCGAUCCAUCUAAUUUCCCUGAUAGAAGCGCAUCGAACACGAUGGAUGCUCAUCGAAGCUCUCUACUGCUAGAAGCUUCGCUGGAGCUCAACCUCACCGCCCUCCACUAUAUCUCUCGCACAAUUCCCUGACUCUCUCAGACUCAAUUUUCUCUCACACAAUUUUCUCAAUAGAAUUACUCUCUAUCCUCCUGUUGUCUCUCUCCUUCCUCCCUUAGAGACUGUACAGUAAUCACCUUUUUUCCUAACUCUACCUUCACGAUCCACCUAUAUCCUCUUUCUAUCUUAACGAACCCCUCCUGACUUCCUCACAAUGGCUCCCGCUGUCGGUAUUGACCUGGGUACCACCUACUCCUGUGUGGGUGUCUUCAGAGAUGAUCGCAUCGAAAUCAUUGCCAACGACCAGGGUAACCGCACUACUCCCUCGUUCGUGGCUUUCACCGACACCGAGCGUCUCAUCGGUGAUGCCGCCAAGAACCAGGUCGCCAUGAACCCUCACAACACCGUCUUCGAUGCUAAGCGUCUGAUCGGUCGUCGGUUCCAAGAUGCUGAGGUUCAGUCUGAUAUGAAGCACUGGCCCUUCAAGGUCAUCGAUAAGGCCAGCAAGCCCGUCAUUGAGGUUGAGUUCAAGGGCGAGACCAAGCAGUUCACUCCUGAAGAGAUCUCCUCCAUGGUCCUGACCAAGAUGCGUGAGACCGCUGAGGCCUACCUCGGUGGCACCGUCAACAACGCUGUCAUCACUGUCCCCGCCUACUUCAACGACUCCCAGCGUCAGGCCACCAAGGAUGCUGGUCUCAUCGCCGGCCUGAACGUCCUCCGUAUCAUCAACGAGCCUACUGCUGCUGCCAUUGCCUAUGGUCUUGACAAGAAGGCCGAGGGCGAGCGUAACGUCCUGAUCUUCGAUCUUGGUGGUGGUACUUUCGAUGUUUCCCUCCUGACCAUUGAGGAGGGUAUCUUCGAGGUCAAGGCUACCGCUGGUGACACUCACCUGGGUGGUGAGGACUUCGACAACCGUCUUGUUAACCACUUCGUAAAUGAGUUCAAACGCAAACAUAAAAAGGACCUCACUACCAACGCGCGUGCUCUUCGUCGGCUUCGCACCGCAUGCGAGCGUGCCAAGCGCACCCUCUCUUCUGCUGCUCAGACCUCCAUUGAGAUCGACUCUCUCUUCGAGGGUAUCGACUUCUACACUUCCAUCACCCGUGCCCGUUUCGAGGAGCUCUGCCAGGACCUCUUCCGCUCCACCAUGGAGCCUGUUGAGCGCGUCCUGCGUGACGCCAAGAUCGACAAGUCCUCCGUCCACGAGAUCGUCCUUGUCGGUGGUUCCACCCGUAUCCCCAAGAUCCAGCGUCUCGUCGCCGACUUCUUCAACAAGGAGGCCAACAAGUCCAUCAACCCCGACGAGGCCGUCGCCUACGGUGCCGCCGUCCAGGCUGCUAUCCUGUCUGGUGACACCUCUUCCAAGUCCACCAACGAGAUCCUGCUGCUCGACGUUGCUCCCCUCUCUCUCGGUAUCGAGACCGCUGGUGGUGUCAUGACUCCUCUGAUCAAGCGCAACACUACCAUCCCCACCAAGAAGUCUGAGACCUUCUCCACCUACUCCGACAACCAGCCCGGUGUGCUCAUCCAGGUCUACGAGGGUGAGCGUGCUCGUACCAAGGACAACAACCUCCUUGGUAAGUUCGAGCUUACCGGCAUUCCCCCUGCCCCUCGUGGUGUUCCCCAGAUUGAGGUCACCUUCGAUGUCGAUGCCAACGGUAUUAUGAACGUCUCUGCCGUCGAGAAGGGUACCGGCAAGACCAACAAGAUCACCAUCACCAACGACAAGGGCCGUCUCUCCAAGGAGGAAAUCGAGCGCAUGCUGGCUGAUGCCGAGAAGUACAAGGAGGAGGAUGAGGCCGAGGCUUCCCGUAUCCAGGCCAAGAAUGGUCUCGAGUCCUACGCCUACUCCCUCAAGAACACCAUCAGCGAGGGCAAGCUCAACAUCAGCGAUGCCGAUAAGGAGAAGGUCUCCAGCAAGGUCGAGGAGAUCAUCAGCUGGCUCGACAACAACCAGACCGCCACCAAGGACGAGUACGAGUCCCAGCAGAAGGAGCUUGAAAGUGUUGCCAACCCCAUCAUCUCCGCUGCUUACGGUGGUGCCGCUGGUGCCGCCCCUGGCGGUGCCGCCCCGGUCGAGGAGCGCCCCGAGGAGCUUGACUAA